GAAUGUUUGUUUUGGAAAUUUUCGAGGGUAAAAAAAAUUCUUUUCUCCUUAAAUUAGAAUGACUUUGCCGCCAGAAAAAGUCCACGAGCUCAAGCAGAUUAUCCACGAUCAUAUGUCACACGCUAGUAUUCAUUCAAGGAUUCAAAGUUGUGUAGAAGAGUCGUUUACUGGAGAGAAUAGAGACAUUGAUGAAGCUGGUCUUCUUCAAGCUUUGAAGGACAAGGGUGUCGUAGACGAAGUUAUGAAGUCUUUGAGGUUUGAAGGCCUUGGUAGAGAGCAGAGGAAAGCUCGUUCUCCGAAGGAAAAGAGAAGAGAAGUCUUUGAGGAGAAAGAAUCACCGAAAAUUGGUAUAGACCCUACCAAGAGGUACCUAUAUCUACAGGUGCUGGGAGGUAAGGCAUUCUUGGAGCACCUACAGGAUCCUGAGCCAAUACCUGGAAGAGUGACCUCAACAUUCACGCUUCAUAUUCACUUUAGAGGUCAAAGGUUUAGGUCUAGAGCUGUGCCGUGUGCAUGUGAGCCUGAUAUAUGUGAAGGUUUCCUUCUUGAGCUGCAAAAGGACCAAUUACCCAACAAAAUGGCUGACACUGCUACACUACUGUCCAUGUCUGACACCAUCCAUAUGGUACUCAUCAAGACAGACCCUGCCGGAGACACAACACUGGUUGGUUCUCAUUAUCUACACUGGAGGAAUGUUCUGUUCUCUUCAUCAGGCAGACUUUCCUUUCCUCUAGAACUCAAUGGUGUUGGAACAGAGUCAAAAGUCCCUGUGGGCAUCCUAGACAUCAAGUUUGAAAUGAUUCCUAGACUUGCUCAGAUUCUUACACAAGAAGUAGUCAAUGCACAAAUCAAUUUGGAACAUAACAGAAUAGCUGAGCGUGAGCGUCUAUUUCUCAUUUACGCCAAGCAGUGGUGGAGAGAAUACCUACAAAUCCGGCCCUCACAUUCCAACAGACUAGUAAAGAUAUUUGCACAAGAUGAAGUCGCAACCAAUAGGCCAGUGUGCUGGUUUGUUAAGCCGUUAAGGGCUGGAAGACUGCUGGACAGUCCAAGACAGGCAGCUAGGUUUGUCAGUCUACUGGGAUACGAACAUACACCAUCUGUUGGGGGAGGGAGGACUGAGAUGUGGAGUAGCCUGCAUGCUUUCUUGUGUAAGGGAAAGGGGGAUUAUGAAGACCAUGCUGUUCUAUUAUGUAGUCUACUCACUGGGUUUGGGCUGAAUGCAUAUGUCUGUGUUGGUACUAAAGCUAAAGGUGCCGCACAUACUUGGGUAGUCACCAUCAGCCCUGAUGGGGAAGCAGCAUUCUGGGAAAGUCUUACUGCUCACAGAUAUGUUCAUCGACCAAUAAAUCCUGAUGACCCACCGCUAGAUAAACAGACCCAGCCGUCACAUCCAUAUAGAACAGUUGGGUGUGUCUUUAACCACAAGGAGUUUUAUGCUAAUAGUCAGCCUACUGAUGCAGUAGAUUGUUGUCAGUUUGAGUUACACAAUGAAUCGCUAUGGAAAGCCAUGAGUGAAGAAGCAAUAAAAUCUACAUGUGGACCAAAAAUACUGCCUCCUGUCCCAGCCUUGCCGCCAUUAUUUCCUCUUACCAUAGAUGCAGCCUUAGUUAGCAAUGACAUGGAAUAUGAGCUGAGGGGCCUCGUCGCAGAACACAGAAGAGACCUUGGAUUAAGCACUGUUUGGKAUGAUGAACUAUGUUACAUCUUGACGCCUGCCCUGGCUGCCUAUGAACUGGAGCACUGUACUGGAAUCACAGCAGGCAAUGAGGAGUUUCAACAGGCUAUAAGACUUGCUAUUCCCGACGGGCACACCUUCAAGGGGUAUCCCAUUCAGUUUGUACACAGAAAUGCUAGAAGGGCCUUCGCUUCAUGUCUAAGAUCCCCAGUGUGCGAGGAAAUAGUAUGUUGUCGUGGUGACCAUGUCAGGCUUGCAGUAAGGGUCAGAGUAUUUGCAUACCCAGAGAGUGCCUGUGCAACAUGGAUCAUGUUUGCCGUCAAGUAUAAAUCAGUAUCAUAGCAUCCGGCAUGCAUGCUUAUAUCACUUAUUAAUGGCUCAAGUCUGAGACACAACCACAUCACAUACAAGCACACUACGAGAACCAUGUAAAUAGUAUAACCACCGGGGAAGUAUUACUAAUGACAUACAUGUACUCUCAGACCCUCCCCACCCCUUAGAAAUUCCAACCCACCCCCCCUCCAUGGGGGAGGUAUAGGUAGUUUUUGAUACUCUCCUCAAACUCUCCCCACUCCUUGGAAAUUCCAAUCCCCCUUCAUGGAGGAGGUAUGGAUAUUUUCUGAUACUACACGAUAUACCCUCCUCAGACCCUCCCCACCCCUUGGAAAUUCCAAUCCCCCUCCAUGGGAGAGGUAUGGAUAUUUUCUGGAACUACACAAUAUACCCUCCUCAGACCCUCCCCACCCCUUGGAAAUCCCAAUCUCCUCCAUGGACGAGACAUUUUAUUGAACUUCACAAUAAUCCUCCUGAGUGGGAGAGGACAGGGGGGGAGUUAUUUUCUAGAAAAUACAAACACAAGUCCAAGAAUAUUCAUCUAUAUAUUUUGUAACCAAUAACUUAUUACAAUACUUGCUUGUGGUUAUUAUUUUUCUUGUAUAAAAGACUAGUCGAUAUUAAAUAGUGCAUGGAAGAAAUGGUGGAUAGAGAUGAUGUAAAUAGUACAUACAAUGUGCACUCUUUGUACAAACAUACAAUAAAACAGAGAAAAUGUUGUAA